AUGGGUGACUGUGAUUACUUACAGAGUAGUCGUUCCGAAUCUUCCCAUUCAUGUAUUACACCUCUUCGAAUCACUAAACUAGCUCAGUGUGAAUGUUUGCUGCGAAAAUAUGACAGGUGUGAGCAAAUAGGAACAUAUAGUGCUUAUGAUGAUAAUCCGAAUUUAACUGGUUAUCAUUUGGACUCACCAGAAUCACCAAAAGUUAGGGACAAAGAUGAGGAAGAAGAAACAAAAAAUCAGGAGAAGCAAAAAGAAGAGGAUCUUGAAAAGUCUAUAGAAUUUGAACAUCAAAUUAAUGAAAAUGUAUCUGUCUGGAUCAAACAGUUCAAAACAUUUUCUGCACGCGACCAAAUGGAUGCUCUUACCGAUUUAGUUGGCGAGUGUUCAUUGGACCACAUUCGACAUUUACGUUCUGUGAUUGAGCCGUUCUUUCAAAAAGACUUCAUUAAGGAAUUGCCUAAAGAAAUUGCAUUACAUGUUAUGUGUUUCUUAUCUCCUGCUGAUAUUGCUCGCAUAUCAUUAACUUGUCGUUAUUGGCGUAACUUGGCUGAAGAUAAUCGAUUAUGGAGGAAGAAAUGUGAGGAAGUGAAUGUUACAGUUAUGGAUGAACCAAGUGAUCGGAAAAGUGGUGCAUGGGCAGAAACAGCCUCAACAAGUGGUAUUGAAAUUGUUGGAUAUCGUCCUGUGCCCAGCUAUCGUGUUGCUUUGUUUACCGGUUAUCAUCAGAAUUGGCUUCGGUAUUAUUCUGGUACAGAUGAUUCGCCAAAAAAUGUUUGUUUAUCAAGAUCAAAAUGGAAAGCACUUUACUUGCGACAUCAACGUAUCUUGGCCAAUUGGCGUUAUCGUCCGCUUCGUGGAUCGUGUAUUUUAAAGGGACAUGAUGAACAUGUGAUUACAUGUUUGCAAAUUCAUGGUGAUUUGAUUGUAACUGGUUCGGAUGAUAAUACAUUGAAAAUAUGGUCAGCCAGCAAAGCAAUAUGUUUGCAAACAUUAACGGGUCAUACUGGUGGUGUUUGGUCAUCUCAGAUGUCAGAAGAUGGUAAAACUGUGACAAGUGGUUCUACUGAUAGAACGGUACGCGUAUGGUGCGUAGAGACGGGACGCUGCUUACACUGUUUGCAAGGUCAUACAAGUACAGUUCGCUGUAUGACACUUAGAGAGGAUAGACUUGUAACUGGAUCUCGCGACACCUCAAUACGCUUAUGGAAUAUCAAAGAUGGCACAUGCAUACGUACUUUGCAAGGUCAUGUAGCAGCUGUACGUUGUGUUCAGUUCGAUGGCGUGCGUAUUGUUUCUGGAGCAUAUGACUUCUCCGUCAAGGUUUGGGAUGCAGAAUCAGGUAGAUGCUUGCACACUCUAACUGGCCAUAGUAAUCGAGUUUAUUCCUUAUUGUUUGAUAGUGAAAGAGAUAUAGUUGUUAGCGGUAGUUUGGAUACUACGAUCAAAGUAUGGAAUAUUCGUGAUGGAGUAUGUACGCAGACAUUAACUGGCCAUCAGUCUUUAACAUCGGGCAUGCAGUUAAGAGGCAAUAUUCUCGUUUCUGGCAAUGCCGACAGUACGAUUAAGAUUUGGGAUAUUAUGGAUGGACAAUGCAAGUAUACACUGUCUGGCCCUAAUCGACAUGCUUCCGCUGUUACUAGUUUGCAAUUUCUUGAAAAUGGUCUAGUUGCAACGAGUAGUGAUGAUGGUUCGGUUAAGCUGUGGGAUGUCAAGCAGGGGAUGUUCGUACGUGAUCUAGUGAGGCUUCGUUCUGGUGGUUCCGGUGGUUGUAUCUGGCGUUUGAAAUCGACGCCAACAAUGCUAGUCUGUGCAGUAGGUUCACGUAAUGGUACGGAAGACACAAAACUUAUACUGCUUGAUUUUGAUGCUGAUUACCCGUAA